GGAAGUGACGUAGAAAGCCUGCGACGCACGUGUGUAUGUGUGUGUGUUGCUCAGAGGAACCAUGGCUGCUGAGAGGCUACAGUUUGAUGAAAUGGGCUUAGACGACCGUCUUUUAAAGGCGGUUGCAGACCUGGGUUGGUCCCAGCCCACACUGAUCCAGGAGAAGGCCAUUCCCUUGGCGCUGGAGGGGAAAGACCUUCUUGCCAGAGCUCGAACAGGAUCUGGAAAAACUGCUGCUUAUGCUGUACCUGUCAUUCAACGCAUCCUGAACUCCAAACAGAGUGUCCGUGAGCAGGACGUCAGGGCUCUGAUCCUGGUCCCAACCAAAGAGCUGGGUCGCCAGGUCCAGACCAUGAUGAGGCAGCUGACGGCAUACUGCUCAAGGGACGUGCGAGUGACUGACAUUUCAGGAAAGGCCGAUCUGUCAGCACAGAGACCUAUCUUAAUGGAGAAGCCUGAUGUCGUUGUGGGAACACCAUCGCGUGUGUUGGCUCACCUCAACGCCCAGAACCUGGUCCUGCAUUCAUCGCUGGAGACACUGGUGGUGGAUGAGGCCGACCUGCUUUUCUCUUUUGGGUUUGAGGCGGACCUGAAGAACCUGUUGUGUCAUCUGCCUAAGAUCUACCAGUCGUUCCUGAUGUCGGCCACUUUCACUGAAGAUGUUCAGGCUUUGAAGGAGCUGCUGCUUCACAACCCAGUGAUUCUGAAACUGCAGGGCUCUCAGCUUCCAGACAGCAGCCAGCUCCAGCAGUACAGCAUCAAGUGCGAGGAGGAGGACAAGUUUCUGCUCAUCUACACGCUGCUGAAGCUGCGACUGGUGCAGGGAAAGACGCUGGUUUUUGUGGGGACCGUGGAGAGAUGCUACAGACUGAAGCUGUUCCUGGAACAGUUUGCCAUUCCUGCCUGCGUGCUCAACUCUGAGCUGCCUCUUCAGUCCAGGUGUCACAUCAUCACCCAGUUUAACCAGGGAUUUUACAACUACAUCAUUGCCACAGAUGAACAGAGUCUGGCUGAUCCCACUGCAGCGCCACAGACGACUGCAGGCAAAGGGAAGAAGAAGAAGACCACAGAGAAAGGAGGAAAGUCUAAGGACAACGAGUAUGGAGUCUCCAGAGGUGUAGACUUCCAAAAUGUUGCCAGUGUCAUCAACUUUGAUUUCCCCACCACUGUGGAGUCGUACAUUCACAGAGUUGGAAGAACGGCGAGAGCAGACAACCCAGGCACUGCUCUAUCGUUCAUCUCCCACACUGAGCUGGGUUUACUGUCUGAAGUGGACGAGGCUCUCACAGGAGAUCAUGCUGAUUCUGUCCUGAAACCUUACGAGUUUAAAAUGGAGGAGAUCGAAGGCUUCAGGUACAGGUGCAGGGACGCCAUGCGUUCAGUGACGAAGCAGGCGGUGAGGGAGGCCAGGCUGAAGGAGAUUAAACAGGAGCUGCUUAAUUCUGAAAAACUCAAGACAUAUUUCGAGGAUAACCCCAGAGAUCUGCAGCUGCUCAGACACGACAAAGACCUCCAUCCUGCUGUCGUCAAACCUCACCUGAGGAACGUCCCCGAGUACCUCAUUCCUGAGUCGCUGAGGGGCGUGGUCAAUCCACUGUCCAGCAGGAGGAGGAGGAAGAGGAAGGAAACGCCAAAACCUGAAGGAGUCGUUAAGACCAGUUUUAAGAAGAACAUCAAGGGGGCAAACCCACUGAAGAGCUUCAGAUACAGCGGAGGCAGAGGCAGGAAAGGCAACACGAGCAAGUCAUAGCUGCUGCAGCACUGUCUCUCUCAGCGGUGCAGAGGACAGAGUGUGGUCUCCGUCUUGUCCCCCAGGUGAGACGAAUAUCAGCCGUGUGGACUUUGUUCCACACGCUCAACAGGACACUGACAAAAUGGACUUAUACUGACUUGUGUGGACGGAGUAGGAAAUAUGAGGAAUAUCAAGUUUGAACAAGGAUUUCUGUCAAAUCCUUACAUGUUGAUGUGGAACGUGAGCGGAGACUGAGAAUUACAGUAAUAAUACCUACUGUCUCACAAGCAGUACAAUUUAUGUCUGUGUAAUAUUUGUAUUAAAAUAAAGUAAAGAAAAUGAA